CGCCCGCUGGGGCGGUUUGGGCGGGAGGUGCUGCCAGGUCUGCGGCCGGUCUGCCGGUGGGAUUUGCGGAGGGUCAUGAAUCAGACCGACACGCCCCGGCCGCUGAACUGGACCAUCCGGAAGCUGUGCCAUGCUGCCUUCCUCCCCUCCGUCAGACUUCUUAAGGCACAGAAAUCAUGGAUAGAAAGAGCAUUUUACAAAAGAGAAUGUGUUCAUAUUAUCCCCAGCACCAAAGACCCCCAUAGGUGUUGCUGUGGACGUCUAAUAGGUCAACACAUUGGACUAACUCCAAGCAUCUCCAUUAUUCAGAAUGAGAAAAAUGAAAGCAGGCUUACUCGCAAUGACAUCCAGUCAGAGAAGUGGUCCAUCAGCAAGCACACACAGCUCAGCCCGACAGAUGCUUUUGGAACCAUUGAGUUCCAAGGAGGAGGCCACUCCAAUAAAGCCAUGUAUGUACGUGUGUCCUUUGACACAAAGCCUGACCUUCUUCUGCAUCUGAUGACCAAAGAAUGGCAGCUUGAGCUCCCUAAACUUCUCAUCUCUGUACAUGGGGGCCUUCAGAAUUUUGAACUUCAGCCAAAACUGAAGCAAGUCUUUGGGAAAGGCCUCAUUAAGGCUGCUAUGACAACUGGAGCAUGGAUUUUCACUGGAGGAGUAAACACAGGGGUCAUUCGGCAUGUUGGAGAUGCACUGAAAGAUCAUGCCUCAAAAUCUCGAGGGAAGAUCUGCACCAUUGGUAUAGCUCCCUGGGGUAUUGUGGAAAAUCAAGAAGACCUGAUUGGCAAAGAUGUGGUUCGACCGUACCAGACAAUGUCCAAUCCCAUGAGUAAAUUGACAGUGCUCAACAGUAUGCAUUCUCAUUUUAUUUUGGCUGACAACGGCACUACUGGUAAAUAUGGAGCAGAAGUGAAACUUCGUAGACAGCUGGAAAAGCACAUUUCACUUCAGAAGAUAAAUACAAGAAUUGGUCAAGGAGUUCCAGUGGUGGCCCUUAUUGUGGAAGGAGGUCCUAAUGUUAUCUCUAUUGUUCUGGAGUACCUGCGAGACACUCCUCCUGUUCCUGUUGUGAUAUGCGAUGGCAGCGGCCGGGCGUCUGACAUCCUUGCCUUUGGUCACAAAUACUCUGAAGAAGGAGGACUUAUCAACGAGUCCUUGAGGGACCAGUUGCUAGUCACCAUACAGAAGACUUUCACAUACACCCGAACCCAGGCACAGCACCUCUUCAUAGUCCUCAUGGAGUGCAUGAAGAAGAAGGAGUUGAUCACAGUGUUUCGCAUGGGAUCAGAAGGACAUCAGGAUAUUGACUUAGCUAUCCUGACAGCGUUACUAAAAGGAGCUAACGCGUCUGCUCCCGACCAGCUGAGCCUAGCAUUAGCCUGGAACAGAGUAGACAUCGCCCGCAGUCAAAUCUUUAUUUAUGGGCAACAGUGGCCGGUGGGCUCCCUUGAGCAAGCAAUGCUGGAUGCACUGGUGUUGGACAGAGUGGAUUUUGUGAAAUUGCUCAUAGAAAAUGGAGUAAGCAUGCAUCGUUUUCUCACCAUCUCCCGGCUAGAGGAAUUGUACAAUACGAGACAUGGACCAUCCAACACUCUCUAUCAUCUAGUCAGGGAUGUCAAAAAGGGAAAUUUACCUCCUGAUUACCGGAUAAGUCUGAUUGAUAUUGGUUUGGUGAUAGAGUACCUGAUGGGAGGAGCCUAUCGCUGCAAUUACACACGAAAGCGAUUCAGAACACUCUACCACAAUUUAUUCGGACCCAAAAGACCAAAAGCCCUGAAACUGUUGGGAAUGGAGGAUGACAUCCCUUUGCGGCGAGGGAGGAAAACAACCAAAAAAAGGGAAGAAGAAGUUGAUAUUGAUUUGGAUGACCCUGAGAUCAAUCAUUUCCCCUUUCCAUUCCAUGAGCUGAUGGUGUGGGCUGUGCUGAUGAAACGUCAGAAGAUGGCUCUCUUCUUCUGGCAGCAUGGAGAAGAAGCCAUGGCUAAAGCACUGGUGGCCUGUAAACUGUGCAAAGCCAUGGCACAUGAAGCAUCAGAAAAUGACAUGGUGGAUGACAUAUCUCAAGAACUGAACCAUAAUUCCAGGGACUUUGGCCAGUUGGCGGUGGAGCUGUUGGACCAGUCAUACAAGCAGGAUGAGCAACUGGCAAUGAAACUGCUGACCUAUGAGUUAAAGAACUGGAGCAAUGCCACGUGCCUGCAGCUCGCAGUGGCAGCCAAGCACAGGGACUUCAUUGCUCACACUUGCAGCCAAAUGCUACUCACAGACAUGUGGAUGGGUCGUCUACGGAUGCGCAAAAAUUCUGGCCUAAAGGUAAUUCUAGGAAUUCUACUUCCUCCUUCAAUUCUCAGCUUGGAGUUCAAGAACAAAGAUGAUAUGCCUUACAUGUCACAGGCUAAUGAGAUCCACCUUCAAGAGAAAGAGCCAGAGGAACCAGAAAAGCCAGUGAAAGAAAAAGAGGAGGAGGACAUGGAACUCACCGCAAUGCUGGGACGAGGGAAUGGAGAGUCCUCGAGAAAGAAAGAGGAAGAGGAAGUUCAGAGCAAGCACAGACUGAUCCCCGUUGGAAGAAAGAUUUAUGAGUUCUACAAUGCUCCCAUCGUUAAAUUUUGGUUUUACACACUGGCAUAUAUAGGCUACUUGAUGCUGUUCAAUUACAUAGUGUUAGUGAAGAUGGAUCGCUGGCCAUCUACACAGGAAUGGAUUGUCAUCUCAUACAUUUUCACUCUGGGAAUAGAGAAGAUGAGAGAGAUAUUGAUGUCAGAGCCGGGAAAACUAUUACAGAAAGUGAAAGUUUGGCUCCAGGAGUACUGGAACGUUACUGAUCUCAUAGCUAUCCUCCUGUUCUCCGUUGGGAUGGUGCUCCGUCUGCAAGACCUGCCACUGCGGAGCGACGGCCGAGUGAUCUACUGCGUUAACAUCAUCUACUGGUAUAUACGGCUAUUAGACAUCUUCGGAGUCAACAAGUAUUUGGGACCAUAUGUUAUGAUGAUUGGGAAAAUGAUGAUAGACAUGAUGUACUUUGUCAUCAUCAUGUUGGUGGUUCUGAUGAGCUUUGGAGUUGCAAGACAGGCUAUUCUCUUCCCCAAUGAGGAACCCUCCUGGAAGCUGGCGAAAAACAUAUUUUACAUGCCCUAUUGGAUGAUCUAUGGGGAAGUGUUUGCAGACCAGAUAGACCCUCCUUGUGGUCAAAAUGAAACCAGAGAAGAUGGCAAAAUAAUCCAGCUACCUCCCUGCAAGACAGGAGCGUGGAUUGUUCCUGCCAUCAUGGCCUGUUACCUCUUGGUUGCAAACAUCCUUUUGGUGAACCUCCUCAUUGCUGUUUUCAACAAUACAUUUUUUGAAGUCAAAUCCAUAUCUAACCAAGUGUGGAAGUUUCAAAGAUAUCAGCUCAUCAUGACAUUUCAUGAAAGACCUGUUCUCCCACCACCUCUGAUCAUUUUCAGCCAUAUGACUAUGAUAUUCCAACACCUCUGCUGCAAAUGGCGGAAGCAUGAAAGUGACCCAGAUGAGAGAGACUACGGAUUAAAACUGUUCAUAACUGAGGAUGAACUGAAAAAAGUCCACGACUUUGAGGAGCAAUGCAUAGAAGAAUAUUUUAGAGAAAAGGAUGACAGAUUCAAUUCCUCCAACGAUGAAAGAAUACGUGUCACUUCAGAAAGGGUAGAGAACAUGGCCAUGAGACUGGAAGAAGUGAAUGAGAGAGAGCACUGCAUGAAGGCCUCUUUGCAGACUGUUGACAUCAGGCUAGCUCAGCUGGAAGACAUGAUGGGACGAAUGGUGACUGCCUUAGAAAAACUGACCGGCAUAGAGAGAGGUGAGGUGACCAAGAUACGAUCCAGGACCUCAUCUGACUGUACUGAUGCAGCCUACAUCGUGAGGCAGAGUAGUUUCAAUAGUCAGGAAGGAAAUACUUACAAGCUUCAAGAGAACAUAGAUCCCAUGGGAGAGGAGUCCAUGUCUCCAACAUCUCCUACAAUCACACCCCGCAUGCGAAGCCACUCUUUUUAUGCAACAAAUAUGAAGGAUAAAUGUGGGUUGGAAAAGCUUGAAAGCAUCUUUAAGGAGAGAUCUCCAAGCCUGCAUCGGGCUACCAGUUCCCACUCGAUAGCAAAAGAAGGAAAGGCUCCCUUAGCCCCUACCAGCACUUUGUCAAUUGCCCCAAACUCCAGAAGGCCUUCAUCUUGCAUAGACAUCUACGUUUCUGCUAUGGAUGAGAUGCACUCUGACACAGAGCCACUUGACAGCUCCAUAAAUAUUCUUGGUACCGGAGAUACAGCUCUGCAGGCUCACAUAACCUCUUCCAUUUUAGCAAACAGUGCAUACAUUAGCAGUACACCUGGUGAAAAAAUUUCUGGCAGGAGUCUUGAUUAUGAAGAAACCUCUGGAAUAGAAACAAGAGCAUUUUCCUCAGACUAUUCACAAAUCACAGACUGCCAAAUCCCCUGGGAUUCAGACCCUCCCUUGUAUCAUACUUUAGAGCGAUCUAAAAGCAGUCGUUAUCUGGCUACAACUCCAUUUAUUCUGGAAGAAACACCAAUUGUGAAAUCUCACAGUUUUAUGUUCUCUCCAUCUCGAAGCUACUUCAGCAGCCUUGGUGUCCCAGUCAAAACAGCAGAAUACACAAGUAUUACUGACUGCAUAGACACGAGGUGUGUGAGUGCUCCCCAGGCCAUCGCAGAGAGAGACAGUUUCCCUGGAAGUCUCGGGGGCAAAGCGGAGGACUUGGGAUGCUGCCAUCCAGAGAGAGAGGCUGAACUAAGUCAUCCAAGCUCUGAUCAUGAGGAUACUGAGGCCAAAGACAAGAAGGGAAUCCCCUUAUCUCCUCAAGAUGGCAAUGCUACAAGAACUUUGGCCAACAGCAUCCCACUUCCAAAAAUAGAGCGGGCCAACAGCUACUCUGCAGAGGAUUCCAACAUGUUGCAUGCACAGCACACACGGAAGAGCUACUCCAUCAGUGACAAACUUGACAGACAGCGAAACACAACAAGCCUGCGAAACCCUUUCCAGAGGAGUAAGUCCUCAAGGCCAGAGACCAGAGGGGACAAUCUGUCCAUGAGGAGACUGUCAAGAACAGGAGCUUUCCGCAGCUUUGAAAGCAAGCACAGCUAGGCCUAGACAAAGCUCUUCAGCAGCCUAAGAGUUGUCAGUUCUCCAGUCCAUUCUUCUUAGCAGAAUUAAAAAUACCCUGAUGACACCUCCUGUCAGCUUCACUGGAAUUAGCCACUGGUCAAGGAAGCACAUUAUCAGUCCCAGUGUCACACACUGAGCUACUGCAUCUGACCCAGCUGACAUUUGCACUUUAGAAAAAAAGGAGGGAUGAAAACUUUACAAAGACUUCAGUGAACAACAGGAAUAUCAAGCCCCCAUUAAGAAGUCAAAAUAAGUAUAUGAGUAGAUUGAGAAAUCUGCCUUUUACUAGAAGGCAUCCUAAGACAUUUGAUCAUAUAUUCUAAGUUUUUAGGUUGCAGAAAUUAACUGGCAAAAAAAAAAAAAGAGCAGUACAAAUUAGAUAUUCUAAAGUUCAAUCACAACUUCUCUUUCAUCUGUUUCACCACUGUGGUGACUGACAAAAAGCAUUUGUUAUUUUUGUAGGAACUGGCAGUAAACAAACCAAAAGUCUCCCAAAUGUCCUGCAUCCCACACCUGUGGAAUGAAGAAAGAUGAUCAUGAUAACAAUCAUAACAUUCACUUGUCUCUUUUUGUAUAAACUCCUAGCACCAUAAAAUGUUUAUAUUUUCAAGAACAGAAAGGGAAAUUAAAAACCUUUUGUACUGCAACUUAAAUGGAGGAAGAAUUAAUGUUAAAAUAUCAAGUGAUUUCCUGUAUGAAAACAGGCAUUCUAGAUUCUAGCACAACUGAGCAAGCUCAGGAUGAAUGUAAUUAAGCAGAAUAGUAUGUAUUUAUUUUUUUAUCACAUUUGUCAUCAACAUGUUGUCUCAUUAAAGCAAAAGAUGUGAUGGAAUAGUAAGAAGAAGGUGCACAGUAAUAUUGUCAGCUUCUCACUGAUCCAUUUUAUUACAUAUAAAAAUGGAGAUUUAUCUACCAGGCUCUUCUUGCUGUUCCAUUUGAGCUGCCAAUUUUUCACAUCAUUCUCUCACCUAAAAAUAUGCACCUUAUUUUUUUUCCCCAAAAAUAGUUCAAAGUGUAUGAGAUUUAUGAAGCAAUCUGAAUCCUGAUUAAUGCAAUUAGACUGAAGUUGCUUAAGGGAAAUGUUCUUGGCAGAGGACUGGAAAACGCUAUAAAGUAUAUGUGCUUUCAAAGUAAGCUAAAGAACUAAAGCAAACCUGCAGGUGUCUCUAAACAGCAAAAGCCAUCAGUUAUGGCUAGGCUUCUACCCUUCAGCAGUGUCACACAACAUGCAUUUUUUUAGGAGGAAAGUAUCUGAAUGGUAGUACAAUUAGGGGUUUUGGUUGAAGACAGUCAUAACUGCACUCCACCUACAUUCCCAAGGCUCCACAAUGUCAACUAAAGUUUCAGACUUCUCACAAGAAGGUAUCACUGUGGUCACUGGUGGAAGGGCAUGCAGAAGACAGGAAAAGCGUGGAGGAGCAUAAACUGCAACUGGAUCAAAACUUCACUUUCUUUAUCAAGGCACCACAACUAAAAAUUAAAACGUCUAAAACGUCUCUACAAUGACCAACACCUGUGUAGAACCAGCUCCUUUUUGUUACUAAAAGCAAACACAUGCAAGUGGGGUACAUCCUGUUACUUAAAUAGGAAUUACCUUCCAAAUCUGUAAGGCAGCUUUGAAAAUGCAGACUGAUAUUUUCUCACUGGGAUCUCACUCUGGGAGACUCAGAGUACAUUAUGAGAGCUAAAGCUGAAAGGCAUCAAAUUGAGACAUAAAAAUAAUCAUGAGCCUCAAGAAAAGAAGCAAGUAGAUACCAAGUCACUCCGUGGGAAAGUUCAGGAAAUAAUGAAAUGCAGCUUGGGGACUAUAAGCACAAUAUGUUUCAUAACUUCCUGAACCAAUUUGUUCGUUGCUUUCUUCUAUUUGAUCAGGCUUUCAAUGAGCUGAACUCCACCAAGACACCGUGUUUAUGCAAUUGCCUUGCAGUCCAUGUGCAGCGUUAUGGUCACAUGGCAACACCAAGAAAGGUCAGAGUCCUUUCUGUGCAUUAUGAAGCAUGCUCUUGACAGGCUGAUUGUUGAACAAUAGCAAAACGCCCAAGGGCAAAGGAACUUGUGUUAAACAAUCUGCUUCAAAUGUGCCAACUUCUGUUAGCAGCCUUCUCCUAAGGCUUCUCCAAAUCUAUCUAUCCUUGGUGAGUAGAGGGGGAUAUUCUCACUUUGUUUCCUUUGUUACUUUUGCGAAUGUCUGCUGAAACUGUUUGUGGACUCUUCCACCUUCACCAUAUUACUGGCUUACUGUAGAGAAACUUCAGACUCAUCAGAAAUUCCUCAACAGUGCUUAGUGAAUUAGUUCAAGGCAUAGGGCUCUCCUCUGGGGUAGAUUUCAUUGCUUUAUUUGUCAGGGUAAAGGAAUUUGCCAAACCCAGAAGCUGUAUAAAUGUGUAGGAUACAGCACUUUAUUGAUCUGGAGCACACAUUCCAGGUAAAAUGAAACAGGACACUUUAUUUACCUCUUAACAUUUGCCAUUAUAUAUAAAAUGUACAUUCAGAUGUUAAAAGCGUGAUUGCAAGAUGUCAGAACACUACUUCUCCUGAAUGUUUCCCAUUUAUUCUACAAUGUGGUGUCUAUAGGAUAUAUUAUGAUGGAUGUUAUUUUGUCCUCACUUAUUUUUAACACGCUGCAUCAAACUGCUCCUUUUUCUGUUUGAUGGGGUAAGGCUCCUUGCAAUGGGACCAGAUUUCCCACUCCAAACGUUAUGACCGUUUUGUGAGAGCAGAAAUCUUAUCAUCCAUCAUCAUGUAGCUAUAGCAUGUGCCAUGAGACAUACUCUGUAUCAAAGCAUAGCUUAUGAAAUAUGUACACACACAUAUAUACAUAUCUUCCAUAUAUAGAGCAGUAUAGUUGUGACAUGUGGUAAUAUCAAUGAACGUUACAAGACAAUUUUAAUAUCACAUUUCAAGGUCUUGUUUGUCAGUCUGUAACAUUCAAUAAAAUAGCCCAUGUUGCAUCAAGCAUUAAGCUCCGCUCUCCAGUUAUUAGCUUACAUAUGGAAUAUGCAUUUCUGGUCACAGUGUGUGCAAGUUUUUGUAUGUCCCACACAUUUCUUUGUAUAGGUCCACUUAAAUGUCUGUAUGAGCUGAUGUGUAAACCUCUAAUGAGCUACUGUGGGCAGUGACAGGUGAGUUGUGAUAGUGCGAGAGAUGAACUGGCAUGUUAUGCAAAAGAUAAUCAGAUUUAACAAUAUUUUGAAACAACUGAACUUAGCUGUUUGUUUACAUUUGCUGGCCAACUGAGGAAGGGGUGUACAGUAUUUUAUAAGUAUUUUCCUAUAGUAAUUGGUUCUGUUGUUUCCAGUUUAAGUGAUGCUAUUCUACAGUCGGGGUAUACACUUGUCCUAGGUAUUGGAUUAUAGCACAUUAAUCUUUCAUAAUAACAGUGUGAUAUGACUGAAGUAGUUUCUCCUCCUUACAGUCCAGUCCUUUUUUGUGUCAAUGAAAAUGCAUGCAUUGUUCCAUGAGUUUCUUUGGGGUACUAUGAGACUUAACAUUUUGCUAUUGCCUGCCUGUAAAGAUGAAUCCAGUUAGGAAUGAAUUCAAGCUUUUGGAUGUUUACAUUAUUUCCAUUACAUUUGAUCUUCAGCACAGUCAGUGAUUUUUAAAUUAUUUUUAAAUGACAGCUGUAUUUUAUGAAAUUGAAAUAUUCAACACUAAAUGCGAACCUACAGCAGCACUCAGACAUUUGGCUCUCUCUUUUUUUUGGAAGAGAUAAGGUGCUACAUUAUUGUUCUUAGCACAAGUGCCAGUUAACAAAUGGCAGUGAGGGGAUAAGUUGAAAAUAUAAUCGAAAACCAAAACAUCCAUUCAUCCACAUAAGGAAAUCCCUCCAGGUUGGAGAAAUAGAUUGAUUUUUUUUUUUUCUUUUCUUUCUCCUUUUUUUAAUUUUCAAUUUAUAGAUUUUUUUGGUAAAAAAAAAAUUUGAAAAAACCAACUGAUUUGUACCUUUUGUGGAAUGGAUAGCCUUUUGUCAGGGGAUAAAUAUCUUAGUUAGGUAUAUUUUUUGUAUGAGAAGAAAAUUAUUUGUUUCUUAGAAACUGUCAGCACAUGGAAAAUGCAACUACGCAACUGCUCAAAAAAGUGCUGGUAGCAGCACACAGCUUUAGUCCAAUAACUGCAGUUGGAGCAAACACGUACCUGUCCUGGGAGCAGAAAUUAUCAAAGAUGUUAGUUUAGAGCAAGCCAGUGAAACAAAACUAUCUAUAAACCCAUGGUGCAGAAAUGCUCAAAAUAAGCAUAUAUGUCUUAUUAUGUUGCUCAGGUUACGUACUUAAGAGGAUUUGAUAAUCACCAGAAAGGAAGAUGUGACCUGGUUAUUCCUGGAUUUUCAUAGGAAGCCUUAAGUAGUUGAGAUGCCUCCCCCACCCUUAAAAAUAAUAGUAUAUUUUCAUUUAUAUAUAUAUAUAUAUAUAUAUAUAUAUAUAUAUAGAUAUAGAUAUAUGCACAGUUGUUUCAACAAAGGCCACGUUUUCAGCUUGCUUAAAAUAUCCCACUUAUAGAUCACUUUCUUCAAAGCUUCCUGGCAUUUAUUUUCCCUCAUUCACUUCAAACAACAGCACAGUCCAAAUGAGAUAGAAGUUAAGCAUUGGGGUGUUUGCUUACCUAAUGAAAACCUUCAUUCCUCUAGAUGGGAUUCACUGGCCUUGCUGCACCAUGGAUAUAAAAGCAGUAGUGUUGAAUGAAGAGGGACUGAGUUUCUGCACCUCAGUGAGAGUUUUCCUGGCCCAUAGCCAAUCACAGGGUCAUCACAGGCUCUUCUCCAGCACUGACUACAACUAUGGUCUUAAUGAUGCUGAUGCAGAUCUGCAGAAAAAUCCUCUGAUUUAACAUACUGCUCUGACAUUUGUUAGAGAAUGGAUUUGUUCUGCAUUUCUAAGUCUGUAUUACUUUGAGUCGUGGCACAGAUUAUCCUAAAUCACCAUCAAGUGGGAAGUGUAAUGAUUGAACCAUUGAGCCCAACUGGUUGUGAAACACUGUCUAACCUUCUCAUUUUUACAGUAUGUUUUCAAAUCUCUUGUAGAGCCUUCUUUUAAACAGUUAUUAGGGGGGGAAAUGUUUGAUUAUUAAAUUGCUGUUGUUUCUGCUUCAGGGAAAUGGUAAAGAACUCUUGUUUAUUUUAGUGUUUGGUGGGGAAGGGACAGAAUUGAGAAUUGGCUGGGAAAUACAACUUCAUGCCUGCACAAGAGUAAAUUCUAUUAAAGUUACAUCCUUCUUCCACCACUGCAGUUGUUGUACACGAGGAGAGUCUAUAUGCUGCUACUGCUGUCUGGAACAGUGUUUGCAAUAUACUAUACUAAUAGCUAUUUAAUCAUUUGUUAUUUGGGCUAUCAUUUGUAAGUGUGUAACAAUCAUUUAUAAAGGGAGAAAAAUUAUUAAAAUGUCAUUUUAAAGAAAUUCCUACUAAUAUGACGAUUUUCAAAUAUGAUUUGUCUAAGUGUAUAUCACUAGGGAAAACAGUCCUUUUGCAAAGGUCUACUGGAUUCAUGAUGCACUUUUAGACUGUGUUUAGAUAUGUAAUAAAAAACAGAAGCUGGCAAUUACUACAGUAGAACUUUCUGAAAUUUCUGUAACAACUGUUUUGAAAUAAAAAAAAAAAAAAAAAGACAAGAAAAAAAAAAGGUAGUUCAAAAAAUCUGUUUUUACCAGAGCAUUUAUUUACCUUUCUUUGCUUUCAAAGCGAUAAAACAAUAAAGCAACUGCUUUUCUCUAAGGUCUCUCACUGCUCCAGUUCUAACUUCACAGCUUUAAAGAAAACCAAAGUUUACAGUAUUGCACACAAUGCUUUCAAUUUUGUUAGUUAUUUCUAACUCUGAGAUCAGGAGUCAUUCAGGUGUCCCUUGUUCUGUCCAGUAUGACCUCACAUGGAACUGAGACAGACAUUAUUCUCAGUGUUUUUCUUUAAAAGGGGAGAAGAGUUUCUUUUGCUUGUGGCUAACAUUCCAGUAAGAGUGGACACAUAAGUACUGACUACAGAUCUUCUCUAAAUUGCUUCAGAGACACUGGAGGAAGCAUGCUCCUUGCGUAUGCCCGUCUCCCCAUACUGGUGCCGUUUGCUGGCUCCCAUAGCUAAAGGAGGUUUGUUAAAACCAAAGGGCACUAAGUACCACACUAGUACCUGUGACUUCCUCUGAAUUGUUAUCUGACCUUCCUCAAGGAAGAAGUUACUGUCUCUUUCUGCAUCACAAAAAUAAUAGGGAAAUAAAAAGGCACUGACCCAAAAAUAAGCCAAGAUCAGGAUUUGCUACCUCCACAAGUCAGCAUUCAAUGAGAUAAUACCAUCUUUUAUCUAAAUAAAGAAGAAAUACAACAAACAAGUAUCUGUUUCAAUAAGAAUGGUGUCAGCUACUCAAAAGAGUUGUGUAAAGAUCAGUCACACUUCUGGAGACUAAUGUUUCUGUUUGAAUAAGAACGAUAUCAGCUACUCAAAAGAGUUGUGCAAAGGUCAGUCACGCUUCAGGACAGGAAUGUUUCAGAGAGGUGUUCCUUAUUUCAGAUUUCUGAGAAGAAAAUGCUAAAUUCCUUAAUCAGAAUUUAUUUAACACUUUCUCGGGUACUGCCACUAAUUGAAGACUACUGGAGCUCUGAAGCUUUAAAAAAAAAAAUUUAAAAUAAAUAACUAACUCUGUGCCA